AUGACAUCUAUAAUCAAACUUACUGUCCUUUCUGGUGCUUAUGAUGAGGGGCCGCUAUGUUAUUUGCUUCAAGUCGACGAAUUUAGGUUUCUCCUUGAUUGCGGAUGGAACGAGGCUUUCAGUCCAGAAGUUAUUGAGCCGGUGAAAAAGUAAGUUGUUUUGAGUCAGGGGACAUGUAUUUUGAGGAUUGUAUAGGUAUACUCUGAUAGGUUUCUUAUUUUGCAGAUUUCGAGUUAAGGUAACAGUAGACCAAACUAAAUGCUAUCUACGUUAAGUAAAACUUGACGCUGCGAUGAUCUGCAUAUUGAAAUUAAAAAUAGCCUCAUCUUUGAAGUACAAAUUAUGUAGAUCAAUUUGAUAACCACCGCACCAACUUAAGCGAUUUUCCCAAAUCUGAUGAAACAGUUUCAAUCUGGCUGGUAUUUUUAAAGAUGAGUUUUACUCCUGAUUUCCUAAAAACUUAAUCACUUGCUCCAGUUGCUGUGAAUCAACAAUGUCUAUUAACUAAAACAGGGAAACAGUUGACAUUUGGGACUUCCCCGGUGUACUUUGUUUUAUGGACUAUUGUCAGGGUUAGGUUCACUGUUAAGGAUGUUUCGUUGUCUUUGUUUUAUGUCAGCUGUACAUGUGAGUAAUAAAUUAUAUUACACUAGAGAUGAGCCCAACCCGGUACACUGAUCUCAGAGAACAGGGAAUUUGAGCAACCGACCUGGGACCAUCUGAGAAUCAGACAUGUGUAAAAUCUUCGUUAUCAUUUGUUUUUAGUUUAAAAUUUAUGGCUUUAGUCCCGAAAAGUUACAGGGCUUUCAGUUAACAAAUCCCUGGGAAUGAAAUAUAGUGUUAUAAGCUGAUAGUAGUUAUAUAAGCUGAUAGUGGUUUUCAAUAGUAUGUUUUUUCUUCAGACACAUACACCAGAUAGAUGCAGUACUCCUGACAUUUCCUGAUAUAUAUCACAUGGGUGCACUACCAUAUUUAGUAGGAAAGUGUGGUCUCCACUGUCCAAUAUACACCACCAUUCCUGUGUAUAAGAUGGGACAGAUGUUCAUGUAUGAUUUGUUUCAGGUAUGGUUACAUUUCUGCCAUAUUAUUCAUUCUAACUUAACAGACCUGUAGUGAGGAUGGGUGUACUAGCACCCACCCCCCCCCCCGCCCCCACAGGCUUCAGAGGGUCCAUGUUUUUGUUCAACAAGAAUUUAAAACAAAGUGAAUUAAGAGUAUUAUUCUAUUCUAGCUCACUGAUGUGUAGUAAAAUUGAAAAUACUUUGAAAGAGUCACAAGCUUUCCUCAAAAAGUCUUAAAUAAAGUUUAAAAGGAGGAUUUGGUAUUACGACAAGGCAUUUGCCACUUGCUAAUACGACGCUUGCUUCUUCGUUUGGUCCUCAACGGGUUAAGUCUGUUUUGGAGGAUUCAAAGGUCAUGUGGUCUUUUGCAAUACAGUGAUUUCCUGUGGUUUCUUACAUGUAAUUGAUUUCUGAUCCCUAGCUGAAGGUUUUUAAAAUGUCCUUUAUUAUUUUUGAAAGCGGCUCAAAAUUCUGUAGGGUUUGUUUUGCAUAGUUUUGUGCAAAGUCCUGAGAAAACAGACGACAUUUCGCUAUGCCACCAACAGUUUCCCCGCAAAUUGACAUUCGAGAAACAAGCGCAGAAAUUCCAUACUCAUGAUGCAUCUCUGCCCAGAUCUGGGUAGUGCUUCUAAUUGGUCGUGCCGUUUGUGAAAUUUGCUUCAACCAAUCAGAAGCACUACCCAGAUCUGCACUCGUUUCUCAGAGGUCAAUUCUCCCGCAAAAUGUUGUCUGUUUUCUCAGGCUAGCAAAGUCUUGGAUGUGAAUUGUUAUCAGGUAUUUCAACAGUGAGUAUGGGAUUCCCUGCUAAUUAAAAGUUUGACAUGCUUAACCCAGCUACCCAUGUACACUGUAGUUGGUGUUACCUGCAGGAUAUUGAAGCUCAAGCUAUUCUACCCUUGUAGGUGAAGCAUGCAUCAGUCAACUAUAACCCCUUUCAUGAAAUUAGAAUAAUGCGAGGCUUACAUCUUUUCUAUCAAUCAUCCACUCGAUUCUCCAUAGCUUGUUCUCAAUUCUCGAUUCACACAGGAAUCAAGACUCGCAACAGACUGUCAACUGACUUUUGAAUGGUACUGAAGGACUUGAGUGUAAUGAUGUUUUUAUUAUUCCCCCUUUUUCAGUUAUCAUGACAGUUGCUACAGCUAGUAGCUGUAGGGAGCAACAUUGUUUUAAACUUUGUUUUUGUGUCUAGAAUAGUGCAACCAUUCUGACUCGUUUAAUGUUCAGACCUUACUAUUUUUAGGUGGUUUCAGGGAUGGAAAAUUAUAAACUUAAGUAGUCUCUGCCAAAAAAAUCAAUUUUAGAGCUAAAAGUUUGACAAAUAUCAAUGUUUUUCAAAACAUUCUUAAUGCAGUCUCAGAUACCUAGUUUUCCCCCUAGAUACUUGUUCCUUCAGCCUCGUUUGUUCCAUCUCCUCGUUGGAAUUAUAACUGUUGUUUGCUGGUCAAGAACAUCCAACAUGUUUUGACAAGCUCUGAAAGGAUUUUUUUCUUUUACCAGCUUUUCUGGACAAGGCCUGCCCAGAGGAAAUGGCACGAAUGGGACUCAUAGGUCCCAUGCAAGGUGCCAUCCCUGCCCAAUUCCCUAAUCGGUAUAGGUUGGCCACACCACCGGGGUCUACAUCCCCUACUUUUUUCAAACAGUGGUGAGGGUUCUUUUACGUUCCACAAGAACAGAUCAGUGAAAGUGCUGCGGGACGGGACCUACGGUUUUUUGUCCUUAUUUGAGAAGACUAGAAAGUCUAACCAUUUGCAGAUGUCAUUACAAAGGCAGCACUUUCUUCUCAGUUUUUUAAAGACCCUGAGUGUUGGUCCAGCUGGGGUUAGAACCCGCGACCUCCCACUCAACAGAUUGGUGCUCUCCCAACUGAGCUUAGCAGGUGACGGUUACUGGGCAAAUCUCCCCUCUCCCAAAUGGGCCAGAAAAUCUCCUGGAUAGAAUUGUGCAUUUGGUACUCAGUUUGGAAUUAAAUCCAAUUUUAAAAAACUUUGUUAUCAUUUUGCUGUUUUUGUGGCAUUUUUGCAGGUACUUGUAUUUUAUCACUUACAAGACUAUCAAAUUCUGUCAAAUCUCCACUGAUGGCCACCAUUCUUGACUUUGUCAUUAGUGGCCAUUGUAGAGAGGUGCCCCUUAGUGGAGGUUCUACUGUAUUAUUUUUAUAUAACAACUGGAAGCUUAUUUUUGUAGUCCCUAAUGCCUUUAGAUCACAAGAAUGAUAUUUUUUUCAUUCCAGUCUCAUCAAAAUUAUGAAGAUUUUGAAGUUUUCAGUCUGGAUGAUGUAGAUGCUGCUUUUGACAAAAUCAUUCAACUGAAAUACUCUCAAAAUGUCAGCUUGAAAGGUAAGUUUGGUAACUUUGUUGUUUACACUCUCAUGAUUAUUGUGCAGACAAUGAAAACCAUUGCCGUACUGUUUUAUGUAGUCUUAGCUUGACUCCUCUUUGGGAAGGCGAUAUUAUUGAAUUUCUGGCGUUUGAGUGGAUACAAAUUAGCUGGAAGUGAAGUAUCUCUGCAGCACGGGAACAGUGGGGACUGGGGUGGUUUCAGUUGUAGUGCAGUAUGGGUAGAAUGAAAUGCUUUAAAAGGAAUGCUUAUCACGUGGGAAAGUAGUUGAGGCCAACACCCCAUCUAGCCCACGAUAUUUUUUAUCUAUUUAUUCAUUAUAUAUUUGAUUUAUUUAGUGACUAGUCAAGUUUUGCGAAAGUUUUACAUGUGGCCUGUUUUCGUUAUUUUUUGUUUGGUUUUUAAUAAUUAUUUCAAAUAUACCAUGCUUUGUUGAAAUACAUGCUUCCUUAUAAGAAGCUAAUGGGGAUGUGCCGCUUGAUGGGGUCGCAUUUUCACGACUGGAUUGACUAUACUGGGGUUGCAUUUUCAAUGGAGUUACUGGAAUGGUGUUGCACAUUUUCGGAUUUUGGGGGUAAAAAAGUUCUUCACAUUUACGGUUAGCAAACAUACCAUACCAUACCAGUUUGUACUGUAUACAAAAAGUAAACUGUUCUUCAUUCAAUAUAAGUUAGACACUAAAAUUGAAAGUGACUAAGUUGAGAUCGCAAAAAUUACAUUUGCCCAAAAAGUGACUUAAGAUGGGGUCUAUAAUUGGACACAGAAUAAACUAUAAUGGGGUAGGGGCUCUGAGAGGCCAGUGGCACAAAGCAAAAAUUAACCCUCGUACCCGCUCCGUCCCCCCAACCCCCCCAGGAGCAACAGCUAUAUUGUAUCCAAUGAAUAUUGCAUUAGCUUCCCUGUGUCAAGUGGGAAGUCAGAAUUUUCUCAUUGCAUAGUUUCAAGUUGUUUAGUAUCAUGAUGUGACACUGCCUCAUCAACAAGACCCAGUUUUCAUGCCCCAACUGUAAUAUCAUCACCGUUGUGAUGUACAGACCUGCUUAGCUUGUAUGCUCUGUUUCCUAUUUCAAACCACAUGGCAGUGCCCCAGGGAGGUGUUUCUUUUUUAAAAAUAUUAUCCUAUACUCAUGCAUCCAUGUGCAUGUGUACGCGUAAAUUAAUAAAAAGAUAAAAGACUAAUUCCCUGCAGAACAUCAUUUAGUCUGAAUUCGGAAAAAAUAAAUACAUACAAGCUAAAAAGGUCUAUCGUGUACAUUUAAAUUCCCCCAAAAUUGCAGAAAAUUUUCUUGAUUCUUCUAGGAAAGGGUCACGGUUUAACGAUCACCCCUUAUGCUGCUGGACAUAUGAUUGGUGGAACAAUGUGGAAGAUUGUUAAGGAUGGAGAGGAGGACAUUAUUUAUGCUGUGGACUACAAUCAUAAGAAAGAGAGGUGUGUUUCAGUGGUGAAAAUGGCUGUCUAAAUCAAGUUGAGAGGAAUGACUUGCAUGUACAUGAUGUAGUUUUUGUAUUUGAGUCAUGGGAAAAAGUACACCGUACAGUCAAACCUGUAUAUAAGGGCCCUGUAUAUAGUGGUGACCCUGUGUAUUACAGUCACUGGACAAUAUCCUGAAAAUUUUGCCUUACAUUCUCUGUAAUGUUUACCCAUAUUAUGCCAGUCACCAGUCACUCAAAGACAGACAGAAAGGCAAAAUACAUGUAAUAGAAAGUCUAUGACUGAUCAGAAACACUUAAAAAAUUUUAAGUUCAGAUGAAAUUUUAUGCAGGUUCAUGGCCAUUUACUAUCCGUCUUACUUAUAUAUUUUUACCUGUGCUUUCUCAAGGCACCUGAAUGGAGCUGUCCUCGAAACCCUUAGCAGACCUUCUUUGCUAAUAACAGAUAGCUUUAAUGCACUUAAUGUGCAAGCCAGAAGAAGAGAAAGGGACACACAACUUAUGAGUAAGUUUUUUAAGCUCUAUAAUCAUUUCCAAUUUCUGUCUAAAACAUCUUAUGUAGAAUUUUUCACAAUGUGUGUUUUCACUUUUUCAUAAGAUCUAUCAUUAAACAUUUUGUUUUGCUGUUUCCAACCAGUCCUGUUAAAUGUUUCUGUUGACGACUUUAUUUUGUUCCUUUGAUUCUUCUCCGUGAUAAUUAUGUGGUACAAAUCCACAGAAUUUCCUCUGGUACAAUUGACACAAAAAGACUGCCCAUAUGUUUUUAUAUAACUAAGUGUCAUGAUCAUGCUUUCAUGUCUUUUGUUUUUAUAGCGGAAAUCCUUACUACAGCCAGAAGAAAUGGCAAUGUACUGAUAGUUGUGGAUACAGCUGGGAGAGUGUUAGAGUUAUCUCAGCUACUGGUAAUAUUGUUGGAAUUUUUGUUUUUUUUUUAAUUUUUUCAUGACCUUAAAAACAAGCACAUUAACACCUCUGUUGACAAAAUGUUUUCUAUUGGGAAUUACCUAAGCAUAUGAAAUAAAAAUUAUGCAAUUAAGGGAUGGUGACCUAGUGUCAAAAACGUUUUGGAUUUGUCUUUUUUAAUAUAUAUGUAUAUUUUGAGCCUAAAUAGUUUAAUUACAUUAUGCUUAGAUGCUUUCAACAAAACAAGUUAAAGAAUACACAAGGCUUUAAGUAGGUUUUGUAUUUCCUUAUAGGCAAAUAUUUUUUUGCAUUUUUUGCCUCAUUAACAUGUACUUAUCAUUAUCUGAUGAAACUAAUAAAAUAUAACUGCAGAAUAUUGAGAGAGCAUAAUAAUUUCAGUUAUACAUGUAUCUGAAAAUUUGAAGCCAAUAUACUGAAUGGUUGUGGAGAAAUUCUCUUUUACAAACUCAAAAUUUUACAAAGAAUACAUGGCUUAUUAACUUUUUUGCCACCCAGCAAUUUUGCAGUUUUCCAUGGCUGGUAUUUCCUUCUAUAUUGCUUGCGAAGAGAUGAAAAUUCCACAAAUUGCUCAAGUUAAUCAGCUCUUUCAACUUUUGAAUUUAUUUUGUAUAUAUGGCCACAACUUCUAUGGCUUCAGUCGCAUGCUAAUGAAGAAAGAUGUAAACAAUAACAUCAGCAAAGAUUCACCUAUUGAUAAUCUGUUUAAAAUUAUAGGAUCAGUUAUGGCGUAAUGCUGAUUCAGGAUUAGCAGCAUAUUCUCUCGCAAUGCUUAACAAUGUGAGCUACAAUGUUGUGGAGUUUGCCAAGUCGCAGGUGAGGAAAGGAAAACAUUGUUUCCUUAGUGCUGCAGUAUGUUGAGUUCACAUGUCUCAUGGAACAGGAACUCGGAGUGUCACAAGUUUCGAUUCUCACCUGGAGGUCAGAAUUUUUUCCGAUCUUUCUGGUGAUAGAAUUCUCCUUUCUCCAAAUUAUAGAGGUACUCAUGCAGAUUGUAGUGACACCAAGAAACCACUUAUAAUAUUAAGGGUUUAGUUUUUGAAGAAACUGUGUCACUGUUUCAAUGGGAGAGUGAAAAUCGCUGACAAUGACCCAGUGCUCAAAAAAUUAGCUUUUGAAUGAUAUUUUUUGGGGUGGCCAAGUUACUAUAUAAGCCCAUUUGACAAAACAGAAAUCAUGUGGAUAAAUUUUUAUUUUUGUCCUUCUUCAGGUAGAAUGGAUGAGUGACAAGGUCAUGAAGUCUUUUGAAAUUGGUCGAAUGAACCCUUAUCAAUUCAGGUUUGUACACCAUGUUCAUGGGCGUGGUAGUUCUUUUGUUUUGUUUUGUUUUGUUUGAUUAGUUGUUCUAUUGUAAAGUAUGUUCUAUUUUGCAGACACUGUUCAUUAUGCCACAGCUUGGCAGACCUUGCCAAAAUUUCAGAACCAAAAGUUGUUUUAGCAUCAGUAGCAGACCUGACAUGUGGUUUUUCACGAGAACUGUUCAUCAAGUGGGCAGAGGAACCCAGAAAUACAGUAGUAUUCACCUGUCGACCAUCACCUGGGACACUGGCUCGGACUUUGAUUGAAAACUUACAGCUGAAAGCAGUUGAUAUUGAGGUAAAGCUAGAAUUAUUUUCACAUCUUAAGAUUAUUCGCUGUGACUAGCCGGUGUUUCUGUGAUAACUAGACAGCAAUUUUUUGCUGGUUGCUGGGGCUUGUGGAAAUCACAGGGUUUUCAUUAAGAAUCCUAGUAGCAGAAGAAAGGUGUAACGUUACAGAAGAAUAUUUUGAAAGAGGCUCCACAGCUGAAUGAAAGAUAGUCAUAAGCUACCAAACAUUAGUCAAAGAAUUCUGCAUAUUAAACGGAGAAUUCUCCAAUCUCUGUUGCCUAAUGAAAACUCUGAAAACUCUUCAGUUACUCAAAUAAUUUUAAUUGGUUGUUAUUGUUUCGGAGUACAGGUGAAAACAAGAGUGAAGCUGGAAGGAGAAGAACUUGAAAGAUAUUUGGAAGCAGAGAAGGAAAAGGAAAAGAGUCGACAAACAAUUGAAGCCACUGAAAGAAGGUACUUGUAGUUUAUGGUAUUGUUUUUUAUGGGCUAUUUUUCGUCUUCUGGCUAGGUAAUACUAAUAAAAUAUGAAAUGCAUUUCUUCAAUUUGCUUAAAGAAGCUACUGGUACUGACAAAGUACAUGUUAAAAAUCGGUUUCCAAAUGAUAAGUUGUUGUGAAGCUUCAGAGCAGCCCAGCUGGCUGUGCAUUUACCACGACUUACUUUGCAUUUACCAUGACUUACUUUCUCGUUUUUGUCUUGUCUUUGUCUUGUUCUGUUCUCUAACAUUGUUUACACUGUAUGAAGACAUGUUUAGUACAAUGACUUAGGAUCAUUGUUAAAACAAAGUGCAAACCCUGUUUUUUGUGUAUGUGACUAUGUCAAGCAUGUAGACAGUUUAUAGGUGGAAAACAUUUUCUUUUCAAAAUGAACCAAUAUAGCAGAAGAUCCAGAGGUCCUUGAUGUGAACACUGUACCUUUUACAAUGGACAAAUAAGAAGAUGUGACCAUUGCAAUAUAUAAAUCCUUCUAGCUAUUACAGCACUGAAAAGAUAAAUACAUGAAUUUCACAUAAUUAUUCGAAUGCACUUCUCUCUUUUGAGUGAAUCAGUUUGAGAAUCAUAACAAAAAAACACAGUUUUAAACUCUACAAUCAAUAAUCAAACAAAAUACUUCCAGUACAGUUAGUUGAGGUUUGAUCAUGUUUACCACAAGACAUUCGUCAUCUGGCUGAGUCAUUUGUCAGUCGUGUGUGUUAAUUUACAGUACACACCUUAAACAUGGCUGAUUAGGAGUUUUUGUUUUCAGUCACCAUUUGACAGGAGAGGAAAGUGAUAGUGACAGCGAUGAGGAUCUAGAAGGAGGAGUUAGACAUGAUCUUAUGAUGGCGGAUGAAAAGGUAUGGUUUAAAAUGGGCAUAGGGGUUAGAGCUGUAAACACAGUACCAGCAUAGAGUUCUAAACUGUGACGUCACAAUAAAUUUGUCAGGAUAUUCUGAAAGAACAACAUCCAAGACCUACCUGCAAAAAACUAGCAUUGUGGGGCAAAUUGUCUCUGAGAUAUUAGCCCAGUUAUGCUGGGAUGACUCCAUACAAAUAACUGGGCUAAUAUCUCAAGACAAUUUACCCCGAAAUGCUAAUUUUUGGCAGGUAGAUGUCUUGGACAUUGUUCUUUCAGAAUAUCUGAAAGAAUAUUGGUAGGAAUUUAAACUUGUCAAUUACAUUAUUCUACUUUGAAUUUUUUUUCCUUCAGGGUGGUCGGAAAAGUAGUUUUUUUAAACAGGCAAGAUCAUAUCCUAUGUUUCCCUGUCAUGAAGAGAAAAUAAAGUGGGAUGAUUAUGGAGAGUUUAUAAGGUUUGUACUUACAUUUAGUACAGACAAGAAGCAUGAUGUCUCCUUAUGGCUCCUGCUACAGAGCAGAGUACUCAAAGUAGAAUUUCCUUAACAUCACUUCAGCAAAAAAGCCAUUUUUACAGCUAAUUCACUACGUUUAAUUGCUCUGAAUUGUGAAAACAAACUUUAUCGCCAUUCCCAACAGAUUGAAAAGAUAAAUAGCUAUGCUUAUAGAUCAGUUAAAUCACUGUUGUGAGCAGUCUGUUCGAGCACAAGCAGCCCAAACUCAUGUUACAAAAGGGGGGUUUGCAUCACGGAUAUGCGUUAUUGACCAGACUAUUUUGGCAGGACAAAGUGGGUAAUCACGAGCAGAGACGAUAGACUUAUCUUGCCCCCUCGGAUAUCCCAUCAGAACUCAGAAUUUGCCUCAUCUUGCCUGCUCUCGGAGAGAGACAUGUAAUUUGAGUUGGUAUUUUCUUAACAAUAUGGCGUUUGUGGCACCUGUCAAUCCUUGCCUGAAGUAUGGGGGUGUCUGUGAAGUAAAAACUGAAAAAGCUUAUGAUUAUUUUUACCAUCAUGUCUUUACCAAAAAAAGUGUCAUUAAAACUUUUUAGCUUUUUGAGAAGUCUUAAUUUCAAUCUUUUCUUAAACAGACCUGAAGAUUUCAUGAUCAGGGAAUUACAAGCAGCAGAAGAAGAAAAAGCUAAAGCGGUGAGAAAGGCUUUGAAUCAAUAACUAUCUCUUUUCUCUUCCCAACUUAAUGAAUUACUCUUCUUCAACUACAGGAACAAAGUAACAAGGAAGCUACAGAAUCUGAGGCCAUUGCUGGACAAGGUAUGUGUAUGUGACUUCUAAGGGGGGCGGAUUUACUUAUUUUCCCUGAUUGGGCGCAAAUGUUGGUACAUGUUCUUAUAUUGAACGCAUUUGUAUGUUUGUGUGUUUGUAGGAGAAAUGUCUAAAGUACCAACAAAGUGUGUAGUUGAAAGACGGAAGCUAAACAUCAGGUGAGCAUCAUUAUCCUCUCACACUCACUACAUUGCUCUUCUUAGCAGGGCUUCUGAUAUUUCGCGCGGUCGCGGGCCCGCGAAAUCCUGCGAAAUUCCCCCAAAAACGCGAAAUACCGCGAAAUCCGCAAGAAAUAUUUCCAAAUACUUGUCGGCAAAACAUAUUUAAUACUUAUCUUGGCCAUUAGACCUGUUUUAUUCACCCCAAACGUCCAAAUUUAUCUUGAAACUUCGUCACUGCAACGAGUAAACAACGUCCCAAAACUACCAGGCGUUCUUAGAUUAAUGUUGCGAAAAACUGGGCACUAACCAUAAUGUUAAUAGCUUUAGCAUUCGCUCAUUUCCCGAGCAAACUGUUGUUGAAAGAGCAAAUGAUUAUCCCUGUUAAAAAAACAACGUUAAANAAUGUGCGCUCGCUGUGUAGGGUACUGGAGGGGGCGCGGUGCGUGGCCGUGCGCCUACCCCCACCCCGCUUCAAAAACCCCCCCUUUUUAAAACCCCCCCCGGGGGGUGGGGGGUGGUGUUUUUCCCCCGGGGGGGGGGGGGGGGGGGGGGGGGGGGUCCCGAAGGCUGCGAAGAAGAAAGAAACCUAUUACAAGACGUACGUAAACGUACGUGUACAUUUCCUUAUUAUAUAAACCAAAUUUAAUUGAUUAUGGCGUCUUUAGAAAACACCCAGAAUUAUCUAAGACUCAGACCUGUGAAAACGUUGAGCUGACUGAUCUAAAAAUUGUGACCCACUUUUCUCCAUCACCCUCACGGCCCCCUUUUAGCUUUUCUAUGGGCCUGUGGACCCCAGUGUACGAAAUCCUGGUAAGAACACUGUAAGGACCCCGUCCACACGAAUCCGGGUAACAACAUUUGCGAUUUGAAAAAUGACCCGAUUCGUGUGAACGGGAUCCUGUGGAUGCCAGUGUACGAAAUCCUGGUAAGAACACUGUAAGGACUGUCCACACGAAUCCGGGUAACAAUAUUUGCGAUUUCAAAAAUGACCGGAAUCCUGUGGACCCCAGUGUACGAAAUCCCAGUAAGAACAUUGUAUAACCCCGUCUACACGAAUCCGGGUAACAACAUUUGCGGUUUCAAAAACGACCGGUUUCGUGUGAACGGGACCUGAAUUGAAUUCGAAAAUAUCCGUUUUCAAUUGUCUACACGAAUUCGCAAAUCCGUUUUGCGGAUACAAAAUGCCCACAUCUGGUGAGUGCUUUGAAAAAGAUGCGGUUUUGGUGAGCGAAAUUAUUUGGUUUUGAGUGGACGGAAGGCCGAUUGGUUAAAAAAAAUAUGUGGUCCUAAAAAAUGUCGGAAUUCAUGUGGAAUGGGCCUAAUUAUUCGUACGUUAACAUUAGUGUAAGUCAUCGUAUGAGGAUGUAUUAUUCUUAGCUUGAUAAAUGAGCAAACUGUGCUUGAAGUUUUGCUUUUACACUCACCUUGAGCAUUUUUCUAUGUCGUGGUCACUGCCAUCUCCCAGGUUUUCUGAAUUUAUUGAAAGACCUUUGCGGUGUGUGCUCGCAGAGUGAACUGACUUCUUUGUGUUUUUUUUACAGGUGUUCAUUGUUGCAUAUUGACUUUGAAGGGCGUUCAGAUGGCGAGUCCAUCAAGAGAAUUCUUUCACUAGUUAACCCAAGGAAUCUUGUAAGUUAAUUCCGCCUUCAAAAUUGUUCCAUCUGAACAAACUGAACCCAAGAUAAAUUUAGUGACACAGCUCCUUUAAUUAACCAACCUUCACUUUCAUUUGUGACAGAUUCUAGUGCACGGAACCGCAGAGGCCACAGAACAUUUAGCUGAGUACUGCAAAGAGAGCAGCAGCAUUCAGGUCAAUCAGGUCUUUACUCCACAAUGUGGCGAAACUGUGGACUCCACUGGCGAAAGAUACAUUUACCAGGUAAAGUCGGACCCCUUUUUACGGACACUCGCUUAAUACGGAAACCUCGUUAUUACAGCCAGUUGUUUAGUCAAUAUCUCAAUAUGUGCGUGAUUAUUUUUCCUGCAGGUCAAGUUGCGUGACGCUCUUGUUAGUUCGUUACAGUUUUCUCGUGCGCGUGACGCAGAACUGGCGUGGGUGGAUGGACAACUGCACAUUAAUGCUUCGGAGUCACACGUGGGGCUGGUUCUUGAAGAUGGUGAGUUGCGUGACGAGGAGGAGGCUCAGGAGAAGAUGGAGACUAAUCAAAGUGGUAGUAAAGAGGAGCCAAUGGACACAGUGCCCGUGCUGGAACAACUUCCGAUUUCUCAGGUAAGAAGGCAAUCCAUCUGCUAGUAGGUUCAAGAUUUUUCAGUUUCAUUCAGGCCUUCUUGGGAAACUCACCAAUAGUAUUCACUACGAGGAGACCGUAUUUUCCUCAGGGACACUAUGUAGUGUUCGCGCUCUCGCCUCCGCAAAUAGUCUCAGCCACAAGAUGCUCGGUACCUUUUUGGUAACUUUGCUUUAUUUGGAGCACCUUACUGGCAACUUUUGCUAUUUGAAGCAAAUUCAGAAAUUCUGGGCAACUUGAAAGAAAGUUUGGAGGAACUUGUGGCUGAGGCUAUCUGCAGAGAAAUCAUAAGGAGGCGAAGGAGAAAGAAAAAGAAAGCGAACGGGGGACGAUACUUUCAUUAUAUGACAUAGACAUUGGCAUAUACUACUUAGCAUAAAUUCGUGCACCGUAACACCAAGUAAUAACCGGACGAUAGGAAGGGGAAGGAGAGGAAGACAGGUGCUAGUUUCCCGUCUUUUCCGUCUUCCCGUCGUCCAUCGCGCGCAUAUUUUUAAUCGUUGCCAUUUUUAUUGGAAUACCCAGCGGGAGUCUAUGUGCAGGAGAGAGUACCACCAAGAAAGAUGGCGAACUCAGAACUUGAGCAUUGCUGAAUCGCUAGUACAACUCAAACACCAGUCGGUCACGCUGCGUUAGAAGGUUUCAGUUCAUUCUCAAGAACACAAGAAUAAAAUUAAAUUCCCAGGCCUAUCGUCUACCGUAUUGUCAUACAAACACGAAGAAGUUCUCGCCCUUUUUUUCAAGGGCCUAAGUUUUUUAAUUCACUUGACAACAAGGUCAUCAACUCUCAAUCCCUCUCCUCUUUUAAGAAAAAACUGAAGAUUAAAUUAUUGAGUAAGUAUGAAAACAGUUUGUAAAUCUUUCCAUCUUCGACUUUUCGCCUUCUUUUCUUCAAUUGAUGUGAAACAGCUCUAGCUCAUAGUUCGAGGAGGCCUAACCUCUCAUAAGCUCCUUUAGUUUCUGUUAGGUCUCCUCGCCACUUCUUUUUUUCUUCUUUUCCUAUACUUUUUGUAAUUAUUGUGUGGCAAAUAAAAAUAAAAAUAAAAAGGAAAAAAUAGUAUGUUAUUAAGUGCAUUCGUUGUUUCUUUCUCCUCAGAUCACCGGACACACUUCAGUUUAUAUCAACGAGCCUCGCUUGUCAGAUUUUAAGCAGGUGUUAAACAAGUCUGGAAUACAAGCGGAAUUUGCUGGAGGUGUUUUGAUCUGCAACAAUGUCGUAGCAGUUAGACGAGUGAGUAAAACCUUAGUACUUUCUCAAUACAGCCUAGUGGAUCACAGAAUUGGAUUUUAUUUUCCUAACAAUUACAGUGCGUUAUUACCCGCCCAUCGAUAUUUUGGAAAAUACAUGCUGCAUAACUCGUAUAUCAGCCAAUAUCCUGGGUUCGAUUUUUCUGUCAACAACAUUGUAAAGGCAAAAUGAAUAAUUCUUCCCCGAGGAGAUACCAUAAUUACGACUGCCACUUACUUUCUGUAAUUUUACUUGAGGUUUUGGAAGGGUACACACAGUCGUGUGGCUAGAGUGAUUUCAGUGGCGUAGUACUGUAAUUUAUCUAUUGUUUUCUCGUGCAAAUAACGGCCCUUCUCGACUAAUUUGUUCUUGCCGUUUUUUUUCAGAACGAGACUGGCCGGGUGGGCCUGGAAGGAGCCGUGUGUGACGACUAUUACAAGAUCCGGGAACUAUUGUACCAACAAUACGCCGUCGUGUAAAAGGAAACGUGCUGAAGACACCUCGGCCCUUUCUUUCCGCCUCUGCUAGCGCUGUUGAGUUUAGUGGUCUAAAAACUAACUCGCUAGAUGAAGUUUGAAGCGUCUUCUAGACCCUUUUUUAUCAAGGAUGUCGGUUUUGUCAAACGGAGAGAAUUAUACAGGAUGUGUCCCUGAUCUGACCAAGAACUACUUUUGGUACACUGCUCUUUUGCGCCUGUUAUGAGGAGAAAGGCGUUUUGUGUUCUGUAGCGCAAGUAUCAGCAGGCCAGUCUUGUCUUUCAAUAAGGCAGCUUUACUGUUGGCUUUAUUACUUCCUGUAGUGUUAAACAAGAUAAGUAAUAGAAGAGUAGAGAUGUUGCUGCGUCGUUGAUGACGGUGAUUGAUGAUGAUAAAGGCGAUGACAUUGUUACAGUUAUGAACCAUAAUGACAAAAUAUAAUCAUUGAUGCGAAUACUGUUUUUAAAAACAACCCGUAAAACAUUCGUUAGUCAGUGAAUACAGUUGGUUUCCCCAUACAGGCUAAAUAAAGUUAGUACAGAUGACUACAAUAUCAAAGAGUGAAUUCUCGUGGGCCAUCGCUAUCGCACAGAAGUGGAUUACUUCACCUGCCCGAGGUCCUCUGUGAACAGGCCCCAAGGUUAGGGCCAUUGUUAUUAUAACCUCAGCGGUAUUGCAAAUUUCAAUAGGGCGUUUUCACAUGACGUCAUGGCAUAUUGGUGUUUGCGAGAAUCAGAUGUCCAGCUAAUCCCCACACAGAGAUCCGCUUCAUCCUCUCGCAAUAGACCUUAUUCAUGACACUCGCCAUCUUUGCAAGCGCUUGAAGGUGGAUGGGAUAGAAGCAAUGUCACGUGGUUUCUCCUUAGGUAAACAAGUGAGAAAAU